CUCGAAAGCGCCACCAAGUGGUUCUUGGUACAUGCAUGGCUAAAUAGUUUCGAGUCGAAAUUGUACUUUUAAUAUACCUUUACUAAAGAAUUUAAAAAGAUUAAGAAUUUAAAGAUAGAAGAAAGAUCAUGUCAUUUGGAGAGUAUAAUAACAGAGGUUCCUCCAAAGGUGGAGGAGAUACAGAAUAUCAGAGACUGUGCAAAUGUGUCAGUAAUAAUGUCCAACGAAUCAACAGCAAUGUUUCAACAAUCCAGAGAUUGGUUGACAGAGUUGGCACUGCAGGCGAUGUACCCAAGCAGCUUCAGAAGACAGAAAAAGAAACACAGCAGCUGGCAAAAGAGACUGGUUCAUAUCUGAAGCAGCUGGUACUCCUGGAAGGAGAUACACCCACAGAAAAACGCCAACGAAAAAUGCAAGUUGACAGACUCACCAAUAACUUUUCAUCAGCCUUGAACAAUUUCCAGAAAACCCAGAGGGUAGCUGCUGAAAAGGAGAAGGAGUACGUAUCAAGAGCACGAGCUUCAUCAAUGGGUGUUUCUCCAAGUCCCAUGGGAGGAUACAAAGACAAUUCUACUUUGAUUGACUUUGAUAGAACCAGCGGAGGAGGGGGUGGAGGGCUACAAAUCCAGUCAGAAGAAGAGGUGUCUCUGGAGGCAAUUGAAGAAAGAGAAAGAGCCAUCAGACAGCUAGAGGCUGAUAUUAUUGGUGUGAAUGAAAUCUUCAGAGAUCUAGGAAACAUGGUCCACGAACAGGGUGAAGUCAUAGACAGUAUUGAGGCAAAUGUAGACAAUGCUGCUGUGCAUGUCGAAACCGCAAAUCAACAAUUAUCUAAAGCCAGCAAAUACCAGAAAGCAGCAAGGAAAAAGAUGUGCUGUAUUCUUGUUAUUGUGGUGAUCGCCGCAGCAAUCAUUGGAGUAAUCAUUUAUGUUAUUGCCAAGUAAUCAGUCAUCCAACAUAAUAUAGGUCACUAUACGAUAGAUCUCAAUCCUAAUGACUUUUCAUACCGAAGCUACCACAAUCCUUUUCAAAAUCACUUUGCAUUUUUAUAUCAAAAUUCCUUUGAGCAAUACCAAGACGAUAGAGUGAACAUUAACAUAAAAAAAAGCUACCAAAGAAGAUUCUAGUAGUAAAGGUAUAAAACGUCAUCAUGAUUGACGUCUAUAAUGAUACAAUGAUUACAAAUUUACUGAAACAAUACAUUCUAUACAGUCCCCCUGGCAGCCGUCAUUAGUGUCGGUUCUAAAGGUCCGGGAGGAUCUGGGACCUUCACUGAUGAAGUCUGCAGAGAAUAAUACACUUGAUACGAUUUGACCCUUUAAGAUUACUAUCGUUUUCAACCACGUGAUCAGUAGACUUGUUUACCUUGCCAGUCUUACUUAUUGCAUGUCAAUCGUUUUGUGAUUGGACUCGAUGUCUGAUGGAGGUGAUCCAUCUUUCCGACCAAUCCUUCACGAAGGAAGGGCUUUUGAUACAUGUAUGUACUGAAAAGAUUACUCCAAUUGACUUGGGGGGUGGGGAUGAGGAGGAUAUACUACUACACGAAAUUUAACUUUGUUAUUGAUAAUGCCAGUAAUCCAUAUAAUAAAAUAAGAUUUAAAAAAUAAAAUAGGUACUGUACAAAGAUAGUUUAGCUAAGAUGAUGCUACAGCCUAUGACAGUAACGAGUUGGGAACUUAUUUGCCGCGUAGGAACUGGUGUUAACAAGUCUAGUCUAUUGUGCAUUGUUUUCACGGCUAUUGUGGUACAAAUUUCAUGGAACUUUGGCCCGGUAGAGAAAAACUUGGGCGUUUAAGAUACCGAGCCAAGCCCAGUUGAGGUAAGGUUAGCAGCUGGAGGUUGGGUGUCAUAAACAUUAUACCUAACCAAGCUUUUGCUCCUUUUUCCCCAAUUCACCUGUCACGGCGCUAGCUUGAUAUUUAGAUUUUAGAAUUGUGUUACGGUCACCAAAGAGUUCGGACAUUGUUCUCGGAUUUCCAUACAAAUUCACUGAGUUUAAAGACAAAAUUUAGGUAGAUUUCUUUAGUUAGCUAUCUUAACAGCAGUAAGAAAAGCUUCAAUCAAACUAGAAAAAUGAUCAUUUACUUGUAUUUAUAGAACGAACUAAACAUUAACUAAGUAAAUAGUUCAUUUAGAGUCAGUACAUUUGUACGAAAAUUCGACAAAAUGUCCGAACUUUUUGGUGACCAUAACACAAUCUAAAACAAUUUAUACCACGUGACGGCUAGCGCCGAAAAGGUGUAUUCGAAAAUAACAAAUAUAGAACUUUCCAUUUUGCUCGCAUUUGUCAAAUGCGUUUCCCAUUUCCCUAGCAGCAGAUUAGCACCCAGUUACAUAUUCGUUUCUGUCUAGCUCAUUUUGACGUUCAUUCACGUAGAGUAUUACACUYUUACUGAGAUAUUAACCGAAUAUAGUUUAUAGUUUUAGAUAUGAUGUCACAGGCAACCCAAGSUCACUACAUUUAUAAGAGAAUGUAUGGGGAUUUAGAAUAUGCCGUAUUUUAUUUAUUCUCCCUCGCAUCCGUUUUUAGUGUCGGUCGUCACGCAACGCUCCCUCCCCACAAACGGCUGCUUGCAUGCAGUUUUGAAGGGUAUUUAAGAAAACAUUCUAACGGAACGUAAGUGUUGGAACUUUUUUCUUAAAUACCCUUCAAAACUAACUGAAACUGGAUGCAGGAGUUCAAAAUAAACAAAUUGACACAACAGGUAAGUCGACRAACUUUAAUUCACGUUUUUCCAAAUAAAAUACGGCAUAUUCUAAAUCUCCAUACAUUCUCUUAUGAAUGUAGUGAGCUUGGGUUGCCUGUGAUCAGGUCUGAAUUAGUUUUGUGCUCGAUUUCAUAAUGACGUCACAUAUUGUUUUAACGCUAGGGAUCAUGGUCGCUGGAGGGGGAUGGAAUGACAACAACACAUCUUAAAUCACAAUGAAAUUUGGUUUAUGAGCUGGUGAAGGCUAGAACAACUAAAUCUUACGCUAAACAUCUCGAAAGAAGAGCCUAAAUUUCUAUCAUUUUAGCCGAUGUAAACAAACCGUGACGUCAUUAUGAAAUAGGGCAAUCAUUUAAAACAACGUGAAAUCAAGGCUGAUCGUGUAUUGGCUCUGUUCCUUAUACAAAUCCUUAUAGUUUCACUGAAAUGCGGUAAUAAUACAGGUAUUCUUGCUAGAGCACUACUAGUUAUAGCAUGUUUCAAAUGCUCGUUAUCAUGAAUUUAAAAUAAAUAUAUAGCUGGGUUACCCUAGGGUUCGUGCUUGUUACUCCUGAUACUCUUCGAAUUUGAAACCCAUUUCCUUGGAAAUAAAGAGCCAUUGAGACUUACUAA